AUGGAUAAUUCACAAUUUAUCGGUAGAAGCGAGCUUUUGGCGUGGGUAAAUGAACUGUUGGAACUUAAAUUGACUAAAAUUGAGCAAUGUUGCAACGGUGCUGUCUAUCUCCAACUUAUGGACGUUAUUUACCCGGGUAAAGUGCCACUUGGUAAAAUAAAAUGGAACUCAUCACUAGAAUAUGAACACAUACACAACUACAAGUUAUUACAGAAUGUUUUCAAACUUUGUAGCAUCUCGAAACACAUUAAUGUGCAAGGUUUGAUAAAGGGACGUUGUCAAGAUAAUUUGGAAUUUUUACAAUGGAUGAAACAUUUUGUGGAUACACAUCAUGACUCUAGCAACAAAUACGAUGGUUUACACAGAAGAAUCUCUGGAAUCAUAAAAUCACUAUCACUUAACAAAAAGAUUCUUAGUCUAGUAAACGUCAAGAACUCGCUCCCAAAAUGGGCUAUUAUGAAUACUAUAACACAAGACUAUAUUGAUGAACUCUCAUAUAAAGUAGAUUCCCCCAAUUCCAAAGGUGAUGUACAAAAUAACCAGAACAAUACAAACACUUGUACACUAUCACAAACACCUACAAAUACUCAGGAACCAAUCAGUACCCAAGGUACAUGUACAGAUUCAGAACCCCUAGAGUAUAAGGAUGGAUUUUCCGAUAAUAAUGCAGAUACUAAUCCGAAGGAUUUAAUUGAGUCCUUGAAUCUGGAAUUGAAAAAACAAAAUGAAGAAGUUAAAACUUUAAAAAGAAAGCUCCAUGAAGCUCAAAAGGAGAACCAUGUAUACAAACUAAGCAAAGACUUUUAUUACAAUAAGCUGAGGAAAAUUGAAAUUCUAUGCCAAAAAAACAAGGGUGAAAAUGUAGAAACAAAAUUACUCUUUGAUAUCAUGUAUUCUGAUUCAAAAACAUGA